GUUGUCGCUGACUUCACACUUGUAUCUUUCUGUCUGAAAUCGAUAAGUGAUUGGCUUUUGCUGGUGGUAAAACUGCGGUGGGCGCGGUGACAGAAGGGUUCGUCAUGGCCUUGAAAAGGAGACGGACGACUUCCCCCUCUAGCAGUGUGAGUGGAGGAGAUUUUGACGAUAACCAAACUUCGUCGUUAGUGUCUUCAAUUGGGAGAAAGAGGAGAAGGACCUCAAACAUACCGACUGUGGAUCCUAUCGCUGUUUGUCACGAACUGUACAACACAAUCCGAGAUUAUAAGGACGACCAGGGCAGGAUGUUGUGUGAGCUGUUCAUCAGAGCUCCUAAACGCAGGAAUCAACCAGACUACUACCACGUGGUGUCUCAGCCCAUCGACAUGAUGAAAAUCCAGCAGAAAUUGAAGAUGGAGGAGUACGACGACGUCGAUCAACUCACCACUGACUUUCAGCUGUUAUUUAAUAAUGCUAAAAUGUAUUACAAGUCCGAGAGUCCCGAGUACAGGGCCGCCUGUAAACUGUGGGACCUUUACCUGCGGACCAAAAAUGAAUUUAUCCAGCGAGGGGAAUAUGAUGACGAUGACGAUGACGACGGGUACGACGCACAAGACAAUCCUGUGGGGACCACUGAAGAUGAGGUGAUUUUUUGUUUUAUCAUUUAGCACAUGGUGCUUCUAAGAUCCGUCCGUCCUUGUGUUAAGAAAUGUUCGUCAUCAUCAAGUCAUCUCUGUAAAAAUAAAAAGUAUUUGUAAAAUGUGA